CUCCACGCAGUGCCGGACGGGAAAUAACUUAAACUACUUUGUUUUUUAAUCUUCCCAAUGACAGCUCAUUGGGCUCAGCGCCACCUGUGACAACGACCCAGACGUCUUUGUAUUUUACUUUGUGAUCCCCGGCGGAGCGCAAACAGAGGAGUUACCAAAGUCCGCGACACGCUCCAGCGAUGGUGACUUUACGCACGGGAUUUGAAGGCUGUUUGAACUGACUCCUCUUGUUUUGGUCUCGACGCCGAAACUCUCCACCGUCGCCCGCAACAGUCUUGAAGUUUGGCAGAGACACGCAACGCAGGACGAAGAAGUGAAUCCAGGUGACGUUCAUGAAUUUUAAAGUCAUCCACAAGUGAGAAGAGGGUGUUGGAGCUGAAGUCUCUUGUUUCUAAUGAUGUCUUCCAUGCAAGCAACGCCUCCUUUCCACCCACCGUGUGAGGAAGAGGAAGCGAUAGGUCAGGAAAAUGCGGCCUGGGCCACCGACAAGCGAGAGGGCCCGAAAGAGACGCCGUCUCCCUCUUCGCAUGACCAACCCCACCCGGACGAAUUGCAGCCAAUCAGAGAGAAGCUGACGGAUGCUGAGUGGGAGAACAUGGUGCCUGCUGCGAUGGACAAUGAAAGCAGUAAAGGCUGCUCAGUCUACUCCUACCGGACUAACUCUACCUCUCCACCCAAGCCAGAGGAGUUUUCCAGGGAUCGCGGGGAACCGAUGAUCGGCCUCGCCUUCGGGACGCCGGAGCGCCGCAAAGGAAGCCUGGCAGACGUGGUGGACACACUGAAACAGAAGAAACUUGUGGAACUGACCAAGACAGAGCAAGAUGAACCAACUUGCAUGGAGAGGCUCCUCUCCAAGGAAUGGAAGGAGCGUGUUGACCGCCUGAACGCCAACGAAUUGCUGGGGGAAGUCAAAGGUACGCCAGAGUCGCUGGAGGAGAAGGAGCGCCAGCUUUCCACCAUGAUUGGUCAGCUGAUCAGCCUGAGGGAGCAGCUCCUCUCCGCCCAUGACGAGCAGAAAAAGAUGGCCGCCUCACAGCUGGAGAAGCAGAGGCAACAGAUGGAGCUGGCCAGGCAGCAGCAAGAGCAGAUCGCCAGACAACAGCAGCAGCUCCUCCAGCAGCAGCACAAGAUAAACAUUCUCCAACAACAGAUCCAGGUUCAGGGUCACAUGCCUCCUCUGAUGAUCCCAGUGUUUCCUCACGACCAGCGGUCUCUGGCUGCUGCCGCUGCCGCUCAGCAAGGCUUCCUCUUCCCACCAGGCAUGUCCUACAAGCCAGGUGAGAAUUACCCCAUGCAGUUCAUUCCUUCGACAAUGGCAGCUGCAGCAGCAUCUGGACUCAGCCCGUUACAACUGCAGCAGCUGUAUGCCGCCCAGCUGGCAAGCAUGCAGAUCUCGCCGGGAGCCAAGAUGACUCCCCUCCCGCAGGCUCCCAACUCCUCCGGCCCCCUUUCCCCCUCCGCCCUGAAGAACGAGAAGCGAGCAUGCAGUCCUGUCACUCAGAUUAAGGAGGAAGGAUCCACGCAGCCAUUGAACCUCUCAGCCAGACCCAAGACAGCCGAGCCUCUUCGCUCCCCGACGUCCCCGACACAGAGUCUGUUCUCCGGAAACAAGACCAGCCCUACAGGCAUGGGAAAGGGCCGCAUCCCGAGCCCCAUCCCCAGCAUGGGCAGGAACACCUCUCUGGACAUCCUGUCCAGCCUCAACUCCACAGCGCUGUUUGGGGACCAGGACGCGGUGAUGAAGGCCAUCCAAGAGGCCAGGAGCAUGAGGGAGCAGAUCCAGAGGGAGCAGCUCCACCACCAGCAGCAGCAGCCAGGACACCAGAGUCUGGAGGCCAAACUGUCCGCCCUCAGCAGCAUGAGCCUCAACAACGGCAACAAGGAGCGGCUGCACUACGAGACGCUGAGCCAGCACCUGGGGAAGCUCGGGGAGGAUGCUGGGAAGAUGGUCCAUCGAGUCAUUGACCUGACGAGACCAGAAGAUCUGGAUGGGAGUAAUAUCACGGAGGCGCGGGUGUUCAGGGAGGCGCGAGGCAGGAACAACAGCGAGCCCCACAUCAAGAGGCCCAUGAACGCCUUCAUGGUGUGGGCCAAAGACGAGAGGAGGAAGAUCCUGCAGACCUUCCCCGACAUGCACAACUCCAACAUCAGCAAAAUCCUCGGCUCUCGCUGGAAGGCCAUGACCAACCAGGAGAAGCAGCCGUACUACGAGGAGCAGGCCCGCUUGAGCAAGAUCCACCUGGAGAAAUAUCCCAACUACAAGUACAAACCCCGGCCCAAGAGAACCUGCAUCAUCGACGGCAAGAAGCUGCGCAUCGGAGAGUACAAGCAGAUGAUGCGGUCACGGCGUCAGGAGAUGAGGCAGUUCUUUGUGGGGCCUCAGCCACCGAUUCCUCUCGGCAGCAGCCCAGGCGGCGUAGGAGUUUACCCAGGCGCCAUAAGCAUGGCUACGACAGCCACGCCAUCCCCGCACCUGACCUCAGACUGCUCCAGCAACUCAGCCAGCCCCGAACCCGCCAUCCCUGUCAUUCAGAGCACGUACGGGGUGAAGUCCGAGCCUGGAAGCAGAGGCAACAACGGCAGCGGGGUCGGAGCCUUGGAUCUGCCCAGCGACCCCACCAACGGAGACGACGACAUGGACAUGUACGAGGACUUUGAGGACGAGCCCAAGUCAGACUAUAGCAGCGACCAUGAGACACGGGAGGCCAUCAGCGCCAACUGAGUGUGCUCAGGGUCUCAGUUGUAAAAAGAGAGGAAAAAAAAAAUCCUGUUGUACUCAGAUACACUUUUGAAAACGCAAUUUAUUACAGAGACCUUCAAGCAAACUUUCAGGACAUGUUGCGUCAUGCACUGAGCAUGCACAGACAGGAUUCAAACUCAGUGGAAAUGCUCAGAAAGUGAGAAGAAAAAAAGAAAAGACAGCGUCUGGAUGGACGUCCGUUUGGAGAGGAGGGGUUGAUAAAUGAGACCCGAGAAAACAACCCGAACGGACAUUCAGACGUCCAACCGACAGCGGACUUCAGUUUCCUACACUUUGACAAUCUUAACAGGAGCGAAUAAGAGUUAGACGAGAGAGAGCGAGAAUGAGACGAAGAACAAAUGAGCGACGAACACAUUGCUGUGUGGUUUGUAAAGAGCAUGCAUGGAUUUUGAAGCAUCAGGAAUUGGUCUUCAACAGCUAUUUGGUCUUAAAUAGUUUAAGGAGUGAUUUAGUUUUCAUCAUUAUGUAUUUACUUUUUUGUGUUUUUUUUUUCUUUUUGUUUUUGUUCUAUAGACUUUUUUCUGACAGGUCACUGCCUGUACAAACUCUGGACUGUCGGAACUUGAAAUUUGAAAAGUUUUAAUAUAAAUCCUAGCUAUUGUAAUCUUAUAGUCUUACUUUUGUUUCUUACGGAUACAGUGCAUCUACAUCUUUUUUUUCUGACAAACUGCUUACAUUACAUUACUUUUUUUUUUUUUUUUUUUUUUUUUUAAUAUCCCAGCUCAGGUAUGAUGUGCCAGCUUGUGAAUGUGUUUUUUUUGUUUGUUUGUUUGUUUUCAUACAAAAAGAGUGGUAGACUUUUCAGACUGUCGAUGAAAUAAAGGGAGCAAAAUCCCUUAUAUCACAUUAUUAUUAUUAUUAUUAUUAUUAUUAUUAUUAAGUAAGUGCAGUCAGUGAGUAAGUAAGUACCCAGGCGUUGUACAGAUUUACUUCAAAUGUGCCAAACCUACAUUCACAUUCACUCGGGAUGUUGUAGUCUUAACUUCCAAUGCUGCAAAAAAGUCUUAUACAAUCAGCUUUUUCUAUCUGAUGAGAUGAGUUCCUACUCGGUAACUGCUGGCUCCCCUCCUGGCAUAAUCACAGGCAGAGCUCAGGGAGGAUGUGUUUUCAUCACACUCGCUCACACACACACACACUCCAGCUUUGAGAUGCAGUCAGAAGAGCAGUGUCGAAGGCAUCGGUUUUUCAAUUCCACUGCAUUGGUGCUGUCAUGAACCACAUUGCCCACAGUUCCUUGAGGCCUAACACUUACGGCGUAAGCAAUCGCUGACAUUUAGCAUUUGAGUGUGUCCCUUUCAAUCUGGCUAAAGGUAUAAACUUACAUUCUGGACAGUUAAAUAGUUCAUGAGUCUUUAAAGGGUACCUAUAGCUCUGUUCAUAGUAUAAGGGGUGAGCAGCCCCAUAAUUACCCUACUGUAGGAUAAGAGUUUCUAAUAUUCUGGAUCCCUUCACUGUAUUUUGAAUUGUGUUUUAAAUUGGUACAAAAAUGUACAAAACUUUACUAUUUUUAUUAGCCUGUUAAUAUUUGUAAAUGUCUUCUCAAGCAUCACAUGGGAAAUAUACACCAAACUUGUGUUUUAAAAAAAGAAUUUAUAUAGUAAAAAAAAAAAGGGUUUAAUAGGUCUGUUAUUUCAAAAAGGGUACCUUUUUCUACUUUGCAUGUAUAUUUUGAAGAUGGGUAAAUUAUUAUGAGGAGAAUGGAGGAAAAAAAAAUGCAUAACUCUCAAACAACUUCUCAGUCAAACCACCCCAGUCAGAGCACACAAGUUUUUCCACAGUCUUUCGUCGUGGUGCGGCCCAGUGGUCAGCGCCAUGCUGGGUGUGCACACUUUUUCCUCCGUUUCAUUCAAAUGUCACAUUCUUUCUCUGAAGACACGUAAUAUUUUUUUCUUUGUCUCUUUUCGCCACACUCUGCAUUUUGAACAUGUUUCCAUUCUCAACACCUGUGAGCUCGGGUGGUUUCUGGGUGCUGUGUUUAGCUGUUAGCUGUUUCACAUGCCUUCUGACUCCGUAUUUCUCUUCAUGACCAUAUCUGGAAAAGCUUCACAAGCUGGGACUGAACAUUGGUUUUUGCUCGCAUCACAGGAAAAAAGCCUCAUGCAUAGAAAUUUCUGUUAGUGUCAUACACAUCCUAAGCACUGGAUAUAAAUUCUAUGUUUUUUUUUUUUUGUUGUUGUUUUUUUUUAGUAUUAACUAAUGUGAAGUUGUUUGAUUUUCAACAUGAUAAAUUAGAACAGUCAAAAGUCACAUGCUCGGACUCUAUAGGAAGCCUCGUACAUGCCAGGUACAGGUAAAUUGCCAUUUCUUCAGAAGCAUUUCAUUUAUUGAAGCAAAUUUUGUUGCCGCAGCUCUAGUGCCGCCUAAAGGGGUCCCAUCACCUCUGAUCUCUUUAAAUAGGUAACCUCAUGCUCUUAUCAGUUGUGACCUGCAGAAGCAGAACAUGCGUUUCCUGGUCAGACACAUUUUGUGAUGAGUAUUGUAUUUGAAAUUCAAUUGUGCGUUUUAACAUUUCAUUGUAUUUAUUAGCCAGCUUUGGCUCUAAAAAGUGUCAGUACAACUUGGUGAG